CACCCACUCCUCCAUCUUUUCAACAGGACUACAUCAGUGUUAUCCAGUCUGCUGUUUGCCGAACCUAACUCACCUCUGCGGUAUCCUAUCCAGGGUUUUACUGUACGACCAUUGACCACCACUCUCAUACCAGGUUUAGGGCUGAAUGCCGGGCAAAGUGAAAGCUAUAAGGUUUCCUUGAAUGUGUCCAAAGGGUUCCUCACCGUUAAGAAUUCACCUAAAGGAGUGACAAUAAAAGGUGAUGUCGAGAUGAGCCUGGUUGUAGAAUGUAGCAGCCUGGUGACCCUCAACAACCUGCUGGCUACAGUGUCAUAUACCAGCAUUGUCUACCAUAUACACACCGGCGACUUGGCCAUCUUCCAGUUUGAGAACCAUGAAGCUGUGUUUCCCAUCGCCAUCAAGCAGCCUAACCUGCCAGUGCUGUAUGACAUAGGAACAGAAAUCAGCUCCCACGUUACCAUCGCCACAAAGACAUUCCUGCGCUACCAAAAACUGGAGGUGUUGUUGAGCAGCAUACGGAGUUUUUAUAGCAACAUUACAGUCAUCAUUGCCGAUGACAACUAUGACCCGCAGAAAAUUACCAGAGAACAUAUCCAACACUACAUCAUGCCUCCAGCACAGGGCUGGUUCGCUGGCAGGAAUCUUGCCGUCUCCCAGGUGAUCACAAAGUACUUCCUGUGGGUGGAUGACGAUUUUGUGUUUACAGAGGAAACAAAGAUCGAGAAGCUGGUGGAGAUCAUGGAGGAAGUUCCCGAACUGGAUGUGCUUGGCGGAUCAGUAGAAGGCAACCAGUUUUAUUUCUCAUUAGACUAUCAGGAAGGAGACGAAAUGGAGGGUGGCUGCCUGAACAGAAAGUCUGAAGAGACUUUCCACCAACUCCCUGGUCACCCACAUUGCUCUCUAGCCAGUGGGGUGGUCAACUUCUUCCUUGCUCGUACAGAUGCUGUACAGAAGGUGGGAUUUGACCCUAAGCUCCAGAGAGUAGCACACUCGGAGUUCUUUAUGGAUGGGAUGGGAUCUCUGAUGGUUGCCAGCUGUAGCCAUGUGUCCAUCGGCCAUCAGCCUCGUACCAGCAACAUGGCCACAGCCCGCUACGACAGCUUCAGAAAUCCAGAAGACAGUGAGAAAGAGUUUAAACUGCGGCGUCACUUCUUCAAAAACCAUCUAAAGUGUGUGCGCUAUGGAUAGAUAGAAUGGACCAACUGCUUUUUAGAUUUAAGAUUUUUCAAAGCCAAUGAAAUCAUUAUUUUUUAUCUCUUUUUAGAGAUUUAAAAAUGAUAUACCCUUAAAGGAAGAAUAUGCAACUUUUUGAUCCAGUAGAUGUCGCCCUUGAGCACCAACACGAAACCA